CUGCGUCAUUGAGACUCCGGAUUCAAGGCUAUCUCAACGCUCCCAGGUCUCAAACACGGAGAGUAAACGCCGAAAUGUCUUCGUUGAGGAUUCUCGUGCCCAUCAAGCGGGUCAUUGACUAUGCGGUCAAGCCUCGCGUCAACAAGGCCCAGACGGGCGUCGAGACCGCCGGCGUCAAGCACAGCAUGAACCCUUUCGACGAGCUCUCGAUCGAGGAAUCCGUGCGCAUCCGCGAGAAAAAGUCGGCCCCCGUGGAGGACAUCUGCGUCAUCAGCGCGGGACCGCCCAAGGCGCAGGACGUGCUCAGGACCGCCAUGGCCAUGGGCGCCGACCGCGGCAUCCACGUCGACGUCAAGGAGGGGGAGGACUUGGAGCCCCUCGGCGUCGCCAAGCUCCUCAAGGCCGUCGUGGACAAGGAAAAGAGCAACCUGGUCAUCCUCGGCAAGCAGAGCAUCGACGACGACUCGGCGCAGACCGGUCCCAUGCUCGCCGGCCUGCUGGGCUGGGCGCAGGCCACGCAGGCCAGCGAGGUCAAGUUCGAGGGCGACAGCGUGCUGGUCACCAAGGAGGUCGACGGCGGCGUGGAGACGGUCAAGGCUAAGCUGCCCAUGGUCAUCACGACGGAUCUGCGGCUCAAUGAGCCACGGUACGCCAGUCUACCGAAUAUCAUGAAGGCCAAGAAGAAGCCGUUGGUCAAGAUGAGCCUGAGCGACUUGGGCGUUGCGAAUGAGAGGAGAUUGAAGGUGGUGAAGGUUACAGAACCCGCCCCCAGACAGGGAGGCGGUAAGGUCGAGGAUGUCGAUGGACUGAUCUCCAAGCUGAAGGAGUUGGGCGCGAUAUAAGACAUUGUACAAAAGUGUGAAGACUAGAUCAUUGGUUCAAAUACCCUUGUUUCAACAUCGAUAUUUUGAGACCAUGUCGAUAGAGUAUGAUUGCAACUGCGCUGAUCUGAUCCAAAUAAUAAGACUGCUAAGGAGGCCACCAAGCUAGAAGGGCAAAAGGCAAUAGACAGGCUGGUUGAAGCCGUUUCCAAUAUCGUUGCUCGUUCAGUAUUUCUCUCUCGGAUUCUGCAGCAGCACAUAGAUCCAUGACCAGAAUCUUGGUCGCCCUACCUCAAUCCGGAAAUGGUCAUUUCAUAGGUUUUCCAGUGUACGUAACUUGAU